UUUCUUCCUGCACCGAGACACACCUGAGAGAGCAGCUGAGGCCAGCCUUUGUUUGGUGUUUAAUUUGAUUCCAGUCACCUGCAUGUCUCUGGAUAGGAAAAAUUGACUGUUCUAGGCUCGAAAGCAGUCUCUGGGCCCCGUUAACUCUGGGACUGUGCGUUUGAUAUCUCUUGGUUACACAUAAAAAGGAUUACAGGGAGUCCAAAGGCAGGUAUGUAGCAGGCACCAAAACUCCAAAGAGCAAUGCAACAACGCUGCAUGGAGUGGCUGAUGAGGGAAUAUGAGAUGCAGGUGAUGUGGUGGGUGGGGAAGGCCAGGCAGAGCUGAUUAGUGAAGUGGGAACAGGUGUGUAUGGAUGGGUGUGGCAGUCAGGUGACGUGGAAGUCCAGGGCAUGUAGUUGAUGUAGUUUAAGGAAUGGGCCAUGUGGUUGGAGAUGAGGGACAGAGAGCCAGGCUGUGACUGACUCAUUGCUGAGAGGUUGGUUUUGAGUCUUCCUGCCCAUUAGAGGACAGGAAAAAGCUUAAUGUGGCUUUUAAGGGCUGUACUUGAAACUUGUUUUCCAUGUCCCGAAAAUAAAUUGGAGCUGCAGAGACUCAGACCGGAGGGACCAGACGGACCGUUAUCGACUGACACAGCAAGAGACAGCCUGCCAGCUCACGGGCAUCAAACAAUAAAAUCAUGCCUGGCACCACAACAGGCAAGAAGCUGGAUCUCUCCAAGCUCACAGACGAGGAGGCCAAGCAUGUCUGGGAAGUCGUCCAGCGAGAUUUCGACCUGAGGAAAAAGGAGGAGGACCGACUUGGGGAGCUAAAGACCAAGAUUGAGAAAGAAGACACCAAGAGAGAGUUGUUGGGUAACCAGACCAGCCUGACUGAGUCGUACUGUAUUCGAUGUCUCCAGCCGUUUAAGUUCCUGGUCAACAGCAAGCGUCAGUGUCUGGACUGCGAGCUCUAUAUCUGCAAGUCCUGCAGUCUCUACAACAAGAAGGAGCAUGGCUGGGUGUGUAAUCCCUGUCAUAUGGCCAGGGUCCUCAAGAUCGGGACUUUGGAGUGGUACCACGAAAACGUCCGGGCUCGCUUCAAGCGCUUCGGCAGUGCCAAGGUGAUGCGAUCGCUCUUCAAGAGGUUGAGCGGGGAACGCAGUUGCUCUCAGAAUGAUCUUGAAGAGCCUCGUGAGUACGACACACAGAGCGUACCUGAGAUCCACACAAAUGGAUACAAGGAGCACAGUAUGGACGCGACAGAUUCACAACACUACAAGGGGAUGAAAAAGGCCAAAAGGCGGUUAACUGUUGAUCCCUUUGAUUUCGAACUGGGCUGUGACUACUCCAUCGAAUCAAGAGGACAGCCAAACCAGGCCUCAGUCUCCUGUGACAUCAUGGACAUGGAUGUAGGUGAGAGGGAGUCGAUGCUUGCUGAGGCUGACAUGGCCUCUGUUUUUCACCAGAUUUUGGAGGAGCAAUGCAAAGUUCUGGACCUGGGAAUGGUUCCACAGCAAGAUGACCUUGCGUACCCAGACAACCAAACUAUUCCAUCUCGCUCCAUGUCCCGGCUCAGCUACUCGUCAUGUGGCAGUGGCAGUGCUUGGGGCCCCCCGAGCAGCAGCAGCUAUCUGCCUGGCCCCGAUGACUCCGAGGAGGAGGACCACCACCAGCUCUUCCCUCUCUACCAAUCUCAUCUGGGCCUCUGCAGCCACACCUCCCAGGAGAGCCUGAACUCAGCCAACCCUCCACCACAGAUCACUGACCUGAACAGACGCAUGUCAGCCAUUGAGAGCCUCCUCAACCACUUGGAGCAUAAGGUCACCUCGACAUACGACGAGAGCAGCCAGGCUCCUCCGACCCCAAACAGCACGUCUCCUCUUCCUCAGCGUGAGGAAGUGGACUUAGAGGAGCAGCAACUGAGACAGAAGCUGCACGAGAUGACGGACAACAUCAGUGACCACGGCCUAACCUCUGAUGAGGACGAGAUCCCAGCAUGGAGGAGCCCAGAGGGGGAUGCCAAGCCCAGCAGGAUACCCACCACCAGACCCACAUCCAGAACAAGCAUCCUUCUCUGCAGACUGGAGGAGGAGCAGCCUCAGCUGACUGACGCUCAGAAGACAAGCCAGUCAACAGAGAGCCUGGAGAGAAAGUGGCCCCCGCUAGAGGAGGGGUCAAAGGCCAGCUUCAAAGGCUCCACAGCCUUACUGGUUGAGCUGGAGGGCCAGGUAGCUCAGGCAGCUGCCAAUGUCCAGAACGCCCAGAGUGAGGUCUCUUACAUAGAGAACAGGAUUGCUGCCCUGAAUGCUGCCGGCAUGCCAGUGGAUAAAAGAAGAAGGUCUGCGAUCCCGAUCCAAGCAAGGAGACUGUCCCACAACUUUCCCACAAGCCAGGUGGCCAGGUUUGAGAGGAACUCCUUCUACAGGGGCUCCCUGACCCAGAGGAACCCAGUGGCUAAGCCUGAGACCAGGGCUACCUGUGCGAAACCAGUAAUGACGCAGGGCUCAUGAGGAGGAGGCUGAGCAUUAUGUGACCGCAUUACAGUUUGUAAUCAACUGAAAUUCCGCUGGAAUGAAAGAGAUUCCUAUUUAAAUUUCAGACUGUCAACUGGGAUGGGGGUGUUUACAUUUAUAUUUAAAACCGUUUCCUUGUGAUAUUGUUGUAUUAUUUUACUGGUAUAGAUCCAAACCAAGUAUAUGUUGGAGUUGAACAUUAUGUGCACUAACUGCUAGACUGGCAUCUUAAGGCCCUGACACACCAACCCAAUAAUCGGCCGUCGGACAGUCUGGCGAGG